UAAUAGGAUAGAGAUUGUUUGCUCCUAAUCCUUAUCCAAGUUGAACAUUUUCCUCUCUCUAAUCUCUAUAUAUAGACACUAUAUCCAUGAUGAAAGUUGCAAGUUCUCUUCUACAGAGUCAAUAUGUUGGGAAAUAUGACUACACAAUCCUUGUUUCUUCUUCUCCUUGUUUCCAUUUUAGCAUCACAUUCCAAUGCUUACCCUCUUUCAACCCAAGGCAGAUGGAUCAUAGAUGAAUCCACAGGGCAAAGAGCCAAACUUGUGUGUGCUAACUGGGCUGGUCACCUUCAGCCAAUGAUCCCUGAGGGUCUAGACAGAAGGCCAUUGAAGGAGAUUGUUUCUGAGCUUGUCAAACACAAAUUCAACUGCGUUCGCCUCACCUAUGCAAUUUACAUGUGGACACGCUAUGGCGGUCACAUUGUGAGUGGCACCUUCGAUGGUUUGGAUGUGCCGGAGGUGGUGGCUGGCAUAGCCAAGAACAAUCCUUCUGUGUUGAAAAUGACACACAUUCAGGUCUUUGAAGCUGUGGUUCAUGAACUUGGUGCACAAAAUGUGAAAGCUUUGCUUGAUAACCAUGUUAGUGAGCCAAAAUGGUGCUGUAAUGAUGAUGAUGAGAAUGGAUUCUUUCAUGACAGACACUUUGAUCCUCAGGAGUGGGUGCAGGGCCUUACUCUGGCAGCCAAGCACUUUGCAGGACAUCACCCCGUUGUGGCAAUGAGCUUGAGGAAUGAGUUGCAUGGUCCACGCCAAAAUCUGAAUGAUUGGUACAAGUACAUGAGCCAAGCAGCACUGGCCAUCCAUAAAUCAAAUCCAAAUGUGCUUGUGCUGAUCUCAGGUUUGAACUAUGACACUGAGUUGCAGUUUUUAAGGAACAAACCAUUGAAGAUUGACUUGGGUAAAAAAUUGGUCUAUGAGACACAUUUGUACUCAUGGUCUGGAAUUGAAACACUCAAAUUGAAAGAGAUUUGGACCAAGCAACCAUUGAACAGGAUAUGCUCCCAGAGCAUUGAGGGGAUAGACUACAGAGCUGGGUUCCUUACCAGUGGUAAGAAUGCAGCUCCUUUAAUCUUCACUGAGUUUGGGUUUGACCAAACAGGUUCUUCAGUGGAAGACAACAGGUUCUUGACAUGCCUUCAAACUUAUCUUCUUGGAAGAGACUUGGAUUGGGGUUUGUGGGCAUUUCAAGGUGACUAUUACAUUAAACAGGACAAUGUUCAAGUUCAGGAGACAUUUGGUGUACUGGAUACCACUUGGCACAAUCUGAGAUACCCAAAUUUCACUGCCAAGUUCCAACUUUUGCAAAGGAAGAAUCAAGAUCCUACUUCAAAAGCCCCCAAUGCAUAUAUCUUGUACCAUCCACUAACUGGUCAAUGUGUCAAAGUGAAUAACAAGAAUGAACUUGAAGUUGGUAGCUGUGAGAAGCCAAAAAGAUGGGUUUAUGGUGGAGAUAGGUCUCAGGUUCUUUUGCAUGAUAACAAGAAGUGCAUAACUGCAUCUGGUGAAGGGCUUCCAGUUUCUGUUUCUGAUGAGUGCCAGAGCAAGAUCAGUUCUUGGAAAUCUGUGUCCCUUUCUAAGCUUCAUUUGGCUACUAAGGAUAAAGAUGGGAAACAACUUUGCUUGCAGAAGGAUUCCAAUUCAUCCAGGAUUUUGACUUCAAAAUGUAUCUGCAUAGAUGAUGAUUCUCAAUGUCUGAAUGAUCCCCAAAGCCAGUGGUUCCAGCUUGUUGCCACUAAUGUUUAGUUUGGUUUAGCUAAGUUUAUGUUUUUUUUGUUUCUUCUAAAAAUUGUUAUCGCAAUUCCAAUUCCGACCUAGAUGUGGUGGAAAGCAAAGGUUUCCAAAUAAUAUGACUCAUAAAAAUCGAACUCUCGACUUAAAGGUUCAAACAACCAUUAUUUACCAUUGUGACCGACACCUGUUGGGUAGCUAGGGUUUAUGUUUCAUAUUGCACAAAAUUUAUCUUUUUAUUUUGUUCUUAUUAUUUAUUAAGAAGCUU